GAGAGAGAGAGAGAGAGAGAGCGCGAGCGCGAGCGCUUUAAUAUGCCUGCAGAGGGACAGCUGCCGUCUACACUGUCGCUUUAUUCCGUCGUGCAGACGUGAAGCGCGUCGUCUGCCUCCACUUACAUUGCCGUGGUGAUGGCGGGAGAGGUCAGGCCUCCGGAGCUUCUGGACGAGCCUGAGCUGAUCCUGGAGGAUGGAGAGGUGUACAGGAACCCCACCGAGGUUAAAAUGAGCCAGAUCGUUCUGCCCUGUCACGCCAACCACUGCGGAGAGCUCAGCGUAGGACAGCUGCUGAAGUGGAUGGACUCCACCGCCUGCCUCUCAGCUGAAAGACACGCUGGCUGUUCCUGUAUCACUGCCUCUGUAGAUGACAUCCACUUCGAGCACACUAUUGGGGUCGGGCAGGUGGUGAACAUCAAAGCUAAAGUCAACCGAGCCUUCACUUCCAGCAUGGAGGUGGGCAUUGUAGUGAGCUGUGAGGAUCUCUACCGUAACCGUCAGUGGAAAGUGUGCCAUGCCUUCGCCACCUUCGUGGCUCGUCGGACUGAAGCAGGAAAGGUGCAGUUGAAGCAGGUAAUUCCUCGGACGCAGGCGGAGCAGAUGGAGUACAGCAUCGCAGCCGAGCGCAGGAGGAUGAGACUGAUCCACGCCGAGAUCAUCAACGACCUGCUCAGCAGCAGCUCCGCUCAUGCAGUGGUCAGGACCCCCAUGGACCCUCACAGAGCAGUGAGUGAGUGUUUGCAGUUUGAGGACGCUGUUCCAGCAGAGCGGACGCGGGUGGAGAGUGUGGAGCUGGUUCUCCCACCACACGCUAAUCACCAGGUCAGCACAUUUGGUGGUCAGAUCAUGGCCUGGAUGGAGAACGUGGCCACAAUUUCAGCCAGUCGCUUGUGUAAUGCUCACCCGACUCUGAGGAGCAUAGACAUGUUCCACUUCCGUGGGCCGUCCCAUAUAGGAGACAGACUGGUGCUUAAGGCCAUCGUCAACAACGCAUUCAAAAAAAGUAUGGAGGUGGGUGUGUGUGCAGAGGCCUAUCAGGGUGGAGAACCUUUAAGGCACAUCAACACUGCUUUCAUGACCUUUGAGGUGCUGGACCAGGAUAAGAAGCCACAAACGUUACCACGGAUACGACCUGAGCCUGUGGAUGGAAAGAGACGUUUUCAGGAGGCUAUCGCCAGGAAGAAGGUUCGCUUAGACAGGAAGUACAUCAUCUCCUGCAAACAAAGUGAGGUUCCUCUGUCUGUGCCGUGGGACCCCAGUAACCAGAUGUACCUCAGCUACAACAACGUUUCCGCUCUGAAGAUGCUGGCUGCUCGGAACAACUGGGUCUUGACCUCGGAGAAAAACAAGGUCAGCCUGUACACUCUGGAGGAGAACCACGUGCUGUGCUUUAAGGUGGAGACUCAUGUUGCCAUAGCGGCGGAGCAGGUGUUUGUGCUUCUGUGUGACCUCAGACGCAGACACGAGUGGGACCCUCAUUACAAAGAGUGUGAGGUAAUAAACCACGCAGAUGAGGAUGAUACCAUUUACCGGGUGGUCACUCCAUCCGUUAGCAAAGGAGGAAAGGUGCAGGACUUCAUCCUCCUGGCCUCCAGGAGGCGCCCUUGUGACUCUGGUGACCCUUACUGGAUCGCCCUGCGCUCUGUCACCCUACCUGCGUUUCCACCCACUGAGGGCUACAACAGGGGGGAGGUGGUCUGUGCUGGCUUUAGCAUAACGGAGGAGGACCGCUGUCUCACCAAGCUUUCCUACUACAACCAGGCCACUCCUGGCGUUCUGCCAUACAUCUCCACUGACAUCGCUGGGCUUUCCUCCAGUUUCUACUCGGCCUUCGCCUCCUGCAGCGCUUUCCUGGAGGAGAAUAAGGACAGUCUGGCCGCUGUGCCCUCAGCUGCCUCAGGAGAACCACACUGGGAGACCGUUUAAGGGAGAAAAGUUGCUGACGUGUCUUCUGUGCUGGUUAAAGCUGCACAACAAGGCGUUUGUCUACUAAGGGAGAAAAGACAUUGCUGAGCGUUCCCAUAAGCGGAGUGACGGAGGCAGGUUCUGAUCUGACCAUUGCCACCUAAGAAAAAGGCAAAUCUAGAAAUUGUCCAGUGGGUAGUUACGCUCUUAUCAGUGGUACUGAAUUUAUAGGCUCUGCUAUUAAUCAACAUUGUCGUGAGAAAACCUCACAGCUUUUACAAAUACAAGCCGGAUUUACACUGUGAACGUUUCAUGAAAAAUGGACCAACGGAAAUUUUGAAAAGCAAAUCUUUCAUGUUUCUUUAAGUUCCAUUAUACACCAGUUAGUUCCGGCCGUGCAAGCUGAUUGGUUGAGAGGCACUAACUGUGCUGUUGUUUCACCAUAACGUCACGGGUUCUUCACAAACACUAUCACUCCACUGAGUGAAUCCAAGAAAUCCCAAUCACAUUCAGACUCAUCAGCCUAUUAAUCUUCACUCCACAUCUCAGACGUCCAGUUUAGUGGAAAUUUUCCUCUUUAGUCCGUCUCCUUUCCUCAGUGAGGUUCUUCUUGAUCAGCUACACCUCCUUUCAGACCCACGGCGCUGAGUGGUCUUCUCACAGUGGAAGGAUGGACAGAAACACCU